UUCCCCCAACUCUCCACCGCAUGCAUACUUACACCCACCCCAACAGCCAUGAAACGAUACAUCACCAAUGUACCGUCCUCGAGACAUACCACCGUGCUGUUGCCGCUCAACCACCUCCCUUGGUUCACCCAAACCUAUACAAGGACGCCUGCAUCUCGCCAACAAAGCGCGCUGCGAAGCCCCUAUGUCAAAAUCAAGACCAAGGCACAAACACGUAGAAGAAGAGUGUCUCUCAACCGCACGCAUGCAGAGGAACGAGGGGACAGCCUCGAUACAACAUCUGCACACCUUGCAACAGCAUGUUUGAUAUAUCACAUCUUAAUUCACCAACCAACUCUUUACUCCAUUUUGCGUUCUUGGUGCCUGUUGACUCCUACUCAUCUUGCAAUGUGUCCAUCCAUCUCCUUCAGAAAAGCGACAUGGACAUCAAAGCCACCUUUACAACUAGAAGCAUACCAGGACAUCUACAGAGACAGAACAGGAAGUGUCCAAGCAGCGUAACAACAAGGAAACAUCUCACUUCAUUCCCCAGCACACACAUCACUCACUCCAACCCAAAACCACAAGUCAACA